GUUUUUUGCUCGAGGAAGGUCUUGGUUACACAUGAGAACUUAAAAAUUGACAUUACAAGGAAAAACCUGAGGUGCCUUAGACCGUGUCAAUGGUUGGACGAUCAGGUCACUAAUAUUUAUCUGGAAUUCCUGAAAGAAAGGGAAGUUAGAGAACCAAAGAAGUUUCUAAGAUGUCAUUUUUUCAAUACAUUUCUCUUCAAAAAGUUAGAUAAUAGGGGGACUGGAUAUAACUAUAAUAACGUUAGAAGAUGCAUUUUAGUGAAGAUGUUGGAAUACCAUCUGAUAGAUUGUGACAAGACUUUGUACGUUUUCAAAUAUUUAUCCCUAUUCAUAUGGACAUUGGCUGUUAUUAAUGUAAAGGACAAUAAAUUUCAAUAUCUCGACUCACUGAAAGGAAGCGAGCCUAAAAUUUUCGAUGCACUGGUAGUAUUUGAGAAAUUUGAUUGUGGAAGGUUUAUGCUGAAAUACAUCAACUUCUACAAUAGAGGUCUGGAUUUGUUUUUCACU